AUGCCCUCGAUUAACAAAUCAUGGUGCAAUACCACGAUUGGAGAGAGGAUAAAUCGAGGUGAAUCAGACACCAGCUCCUUACUCGACAAGUGGUCAUUAGGAACACAUGUGAAAGUGCCCGGAAACUCCGACACCCUCAACUCACGACCAGGCCGUUGCCUGGGCACUGUGGCACAGAGUCAUGGAAGGACAACUCAGCAUUUCUGCAGAAUUACUGCCGCCACCACCUCUUAUCAGAGCUUCGAUCCAAGUCCAGAACAAGACUACGGUGUGUUGUACCACAGCCGGAUAUGCCCUCCUAUCUCGACUUUCCAGGCGGCAACGUCGGUCCAACACGUCUGCAGUGAAUUUUUACUGUCUAUUCCAGAGUUGCACAGACUAUUGCUUAUGAAAAAUAAUAAAGAAAACAAAUUAAGGGAAAAAAAAAAGGAAAAGCAAAAAGGAAAGGACAAUUCCCUAGCGGGGAGUCGAACCCCGGGCGGCCGUGUUCUCCAAGCUGAUUGGAUGAAAGACGGCUAUGUUACCGCUACACCACUAGGGACUGUUUGUUGCGUGGGCCGCACCCACGUCUGUGAUUUCCCGCGCGCACGACGCACUCUGAGUCCAGACUCGGGAUUCGGAUUGGGAAACACGAGCCCUCGUGAAACUGCUUCCAUUGCCAUCGUCCCGGUGAAGCCUGCGCCGUCGCCAUCGCAAUUGACUCUGGAGCCCUCCAGACUCCGCGAUAUCGUCGAGAAGCCCAGCCGCAGUCAUGUCGUCCCCGUCACAGUCAGGGUCGAAAGAGGAAGGCGUCGAGACGGGCCAUGCCAAUGGCAGGGCGUCCACCGAUCGCCCGAACACGGUGCUGCGGCGAUGGGCGUUGACCGACCGUCAUCAGUCCUCGGCCUUGCGGUCUUCAUCCUCUCGGUCCUGUCGCUCUACUGGGGCGUUUUGUUCGGGGUUGAACAGAACCUGCCGUCGCUGACGACCUGGAUUGUCGACUUUGACGGAAAGGUGGCUCCCUACAACACGACGACGCCGGUUGUCGGCCCGUUCAUCACCAAUGCCUUUGCGAAUAUGCAUCCGUCGACCUACGAUCGCCUGGGAUGGACCAUCCGGUCGGCGGAGGAAUUCGACAACGACCCGUGGGCCGUCCGCCAGGGCGUCUACGACGAGCACGCGUAUGUCGCGAUCAUCAUCAACCCCAACGCUACUGCGCUCCUUCGCGCCGCGGUCAACGAGGGUGAUUUACAACACGGCUCGGGACCAGAAUACGAUGGCGAGCUACAUCCUGCCGGCGCUGCUGGACACGCUCAUCCCGGUGGCCAGUGGGUUCGGAUCGCACUGGGUGCAGCUCCUGAGCGCGAACGCGUCCAGCCAGGAUAUCUUCCGGGUGCCGCAGGCGGUGAAUCCGGCCAUAGGGUUCACGUUGCUCGACCUGCGUCCGUUUGUGCCUGCGGUGGAGACGCCGUCGGUGACGAUCGGACUGAUCUAUCUGAUCAUCAUCUCGUUCUUCAGCUUCCCGUUCCUGAUGCCCGUCCACGCGCUGUUUGUCCAGGGCAAGGACCACCGGCCGCUGCAUCCGAUGCACCUGAUCGUCUGGCGCAUGGUGUCGAACAUCGUCGCGUAUUUCUUCCUGUCGCUGUGCUACUCGUUCGUCUCGCUCGCGUUCCAGAUUCCGUUCUCCAACCCGCCGGCGCCGGGCACGACGGGGGCGACAAACCCGAACGGCUACGGGAAGGGCUCGUUUGUCGUGUACUGGAUGCUGAACUGGGUGGGGAUGGCGGCGCUGGGGCUGCCGAGCGAGAACAUGGCGAUGAUCCUGGGACAGCCGUACAGCGCGAUGUGGCUGAUCUUUUGGGUCAUUACGAACGUGUCGACGGGGUUCUACUCGCUGGAUCUGGCGCCGGGGUUCUUUGCGUGGGGAUAUGCGUGGCCGCUGCAUCGGAUUGUCGAAGCGUCGCGCACGAUCCUGUUCGACACGCACUCGCGGAUCGGCCUCGACUUUGGGAUUUUGUUCGCGUGGGUGGGGGCGUCGAUGGUGCUGUAUCCGUUUGCAUGCUGGUUCAUGAGAUGGAAGAUGAUGAGGGGGAAGUAGCCAGCUACAGCUGGCUGAGGUGA